AUGGCUAAAGGUGCAGUGGCUAAACUGAACUUUGACUCACCUAUAAUAUCCACUGUCGAUCAGCUGAUAUCGACAAACGAACUUUUGAAUCGUUUAAAAACCUUACAUGAAGAAUUAGCUGCUCUGGAUCAAAACAAUUCAGACUUAACCGGAUUAGAUAAAUAUAGGGAUGCUCUAGUUAGUAGAAAAUUACUGAAACAUAAAGACGUGGGGAUCCGCGCUUUCACCGCUUGUUGCCUUAGCGAUAUUCUAAGGCUAUAUGCACCAGAUGCCCCUUAUACAGAUGCACAGCUAACAGACAUUUUCAAACUCGCUCUCUCGCAAUUUGAACAAUUGGGUGAUCAAGAAAACGGCUACCAUAUUCAACAAACUUAUUUGAUCACCAAAUUACUAGAAUACAGAUCAAUUGUAUUAUUAGCUGAUUUACCUAGUUCGAACAAUAUGCUUAUCGAGCUGUUUCACAUUUUUUAUGAUCCUAAUAAGAGCUUUCCCGUAAGGCUUUUUAACGUGAUUGGUGGUGUCCUUGGAGAGGUCAUUUCGGAAUUCGAUACUGUUCCGUUGGAAGUACUAAAAUUAAUAUUUAACAAGUUUUUGACCUAUAACCCAAAUGAAAUUCCUGAUGGUUUGAAUGUCAGUUCCGAUUGUGGCUACGAGGUUAGUUUGAUUUUAUGUGAUACUUACUCCAAUAGAAUGAGUAGACAUCUAACUAAAUACUACUCUGAAAUUAUUCAUGAAGCGACUAAUGACGAUAAUAAUUCCAGGCUGCUCACUGUGGUAGUGAAAUUACAUAAAUUGGUGUUGAGAUUGUGGGAAACUGUUCCCGAUUUGAUUAAUGCAGUGAUAGGAUUUAUCUACCAUGAAUUAUCGGCAGAUAACGAGCUAUUCAGAAAAGAAGCUACUAAACUAAUUGGGCAAAUACUUACCUCGUAUUCAGAUUUGAACUUUGUUUCCACGCAUUCCGAUACCUUCAAGACAUGGAUUUCUAAAAUUGCUGACAUUAGUCCUGACGUUAGAGUUCAAUGGACAGAAUCAAUACCUAAGAUUAUAACUACAAGAGAUGAUAUAUCCAGAGAACUAAAUCAAGCACUUGCAAAAACAUUCAUUGAUUCCGAUCCUCGUGUACGCAGAGCUUCCGUUAUGAUCUUCAAUAAGGUUCCCACCCGUGAAAUGUGGAAAAAUAUCACCAAUAAAUCCAUUUAUACAUCAUUGCUACAUUUGGCGCGAGAAAAACAUAAGGAGGUUAGGGAACUCUGUAUUAACACUAUGGCUAAGUUUUACUCAAAUUCAUUGAACGAAGUAGAGAGAACUUACCAAAAUAAAGAAAUUUGGGAAAUCAUAGAUACUAUACCAACAACCUUGUACAAUCUCUAUUAUAUUAACGAUUUAAACAUUAAUGAACAAGUGGACAAUGUGAUCUUUGAAUUCCUAUUACCGUUUGAAUCAGAUAACGAUAAAAGAGUUCACAGACUGCUAACAGUUUUAUCAUGUUUUGAUAAAAAGGCCUUCACCUCAUUUUUCGCGUUUAAUGCAAGGCAAAUCAAAAUAUCAUUUGCCAUGUCCAAAUAUAUCGAGUUUAGUAAGUAUUUAAACAAUCAAGAGAGUAUAAACUCGUCUCAAGGUCCUUUAAUAAUAAGCAAGUACAAUCAAACCCUACAAUGGAUAGCUUCCGGUCUUUCUGAUUCUACAAAGGCAAUAGAUGCUCUUGAAACUAUAAAACAGUUUAACGACGAGAGAAUUUUCUAUUUGUUGAAAACAUGUAUCACAAAUGAUAUUCCUUUUCUCACUUUGAAAAACUGUUUCAAUGAAUUAAUCAAUAAGUUACAAACACCAGGGCUGUUCAAAAAGUACAAUAUAUCUACUGGUGCUUCCAUUAUGCCACGUGAUAUUGCCAGGACAAUCCAAAUUUUACUUUUUAGAGCUUCGCCUAUAAUUUACAAUGUAUCCAACAUCAGUGUUUUAUUGAAUCUGUCCAAUAACUCCGACGCAAAACAAUUGGAUCUAAAAAAGAGGAUUCUAGAUGAUAUAUCGAAAGUUAAUCCCACCUUAUUCAAAGAUCAGAUUAGGACAUUGAAGACCAUCAUCAAGGACAUGGAUGAUCCAGAUGCAGAAAAACAUGAUACCUUGUCAUUAGAAGAAGCCUUGAAAACGCUAUAUAAAGCUUCCAAAACUUUAAAGGAUCAGGUCGAUUUUGAUGAUACCUUUUUCUUCACCAAAUUGUACGAUUUUGCAGUUGGAAGUAAACCAGAAAUAGGAAAAUACUCCACAAAACUUAUUGCUUUAUCACCAAAAGGGGAAGAAACUCUGAAAAAAAUAAAGAUACGGAUUCUUCCUUUAAAUUUAGAAAGAGACAAAUUUUUUACAUCGCAUAUUAUUGUCCUCAUGGAAAUUUUCAAAAGUUUUCCUAAUAUUUUAAAUGAUGAUUCAACUGAUAUCAUAUCAUAUUUAAUUAAAGAAGUUCUAUUAUCAAAUCAAGUUGUUGGUGAUUCAAAAAAAGAAGUUGACUGGAUAGAAGAUUCACUAUUAAAUGAAACAAAAUAUAAUGCUAUAAGUAACAAGGUCUUCACACUAAAGUUGUUCACCAAUAAAUUAAGGUCGAUUGCACCUGAUGUUCUUCGAGAUGAAUUGGCAGAAAGUUUUACUGAAAAAACGAUGAAAUUGUUCUUUUAUUUAAUUGCAAGUGGCGGUGAGUUGAUUUCUGAAUUUAAUAAGGAGUUUUAUCCCACUCCAAGUAACUAUCAAACAAAAUUGAGGUGUGUAGCAGGAAUCCAAGUUUUGAAAUUAGCCAGAAUCUCUAAUUUGAACAACUUUAUCAAACCUUCAGACAUUAUUAAACUGAUUAAUUUGGUUGAAGAUGAAUCCCUACCGGUAAGAAAAACUUUCUUAGAGCAAUUAAAGGAUUAUAUAGCUAAUGAACUGAUUUCCAUCAAGUUCCUGCCCUUAGUAUUCUUUACCGCUUAUGAACCAGACCUAGAAUUGAAAACUACAACGAAGAUAUGGAUAAAUUUUACGUUCGGUCUAAAAUCGUUCAAGAAAGGAACAAUUUUUGAACGGGCAUUGCCAAGAUUGAUACAUGCAAUCGCUCAUCAUCCCGAUAUAGUUGAAGGUUUAAAUUCCGAAGGUGACGCUUAUCUGAAUGCUUUAACAACUGCAAUUGACUAUUUGUUAUUUUAUUUUGAUUCUAUUGCCGCCCAAGAAAACUUGAGUUUGCUUUAUUAUUUAUCAGAAAGGGUAAAAAACUAUCAAGAUAAGCUAAUUGAAGAUGAAGUGGAUGAGGAUGAAGCACUGCAAAAAGAAGAAGUGUCAAAGAAGUAUCAAUCAUACGGACAGAGAAUGUAUAUUAUAGGAGAAUUGUCACAAAUGAUUCUAUUAAAUUUGAAAGAAAAGAAAAAUUGGCAACAUUCAGCAUAUCCAGGUAAAUUAAAUCUACCAUCUGAUUUGUUCAAACCCUUUGCCACUGUUCAGGAGGCUCAAUUAUCUUUUAAGACAUACCUUCCGGAAAGUGUGACUGAAAAAAUACAGAAUAAUAUAAGAGGCAAGAUUGGACGAAUUCUUCAUACAUCACAGACUCAAAGACAAAGGUUGCAAAAAAGGUUAUUGGCUCACGAAAACAAUGAAUCACAAAGGAAAAAGAAGAGAGUUCAUCAAGGGAAAUCACAACACAAGGAUGAAAAAAGUGAUGAAGAAAGUGAAUUGGGUAGCGAUGAUGAUAGUUAUUUGCCUCCUAACACAAACGAAAACAGGAAAGUAUAUGAAAACGUUGUUAUAAAAAAGCUAAGGGUUAGAAAAGAAGUUGAUUACAAAGAUGAUGAAGAUGAUGACAUCGAAAUAUAA